CCACUUACGCAAGAAAAGUCUUGCACCUUACGACUUGCAUCAGCUAUCUAAGGCCUGUACUUCGAACGCCUUUUCUCAAAAUCACUAGAAAUUGAAAAUGUGGUCUACUUUAAACACUUCUCGAAGAUCUCUCAAGCAUCUUGCCAGGGUUGCCCGUCAUGUGGCUUCACUGAGAUCGUUUGGGUCUGUCAGCAAUCAGAGAAUUAUUACCGAAGAUAUCCUGUCAAAAAAUGGAUUCUGUAAAAGUCGACCUUACAGCUCUGAAGCUGUGCGAGGUGCAGUUUGUGGUAUUGAUCUUGGAACAACAAACUCCUGUGUGGCUGUGAUGGAAGGAAAGACACCCAAAGUGCUUGAAAAUGCGGAGGGAUCCCGAACCACACCCUCAGUUGUAGCCUUUACCAAGGAAGGAGAGAGACUUGUUGGUACCCCUGCUAAGAGACAGGCUGUUACAAACCCAGAAAAUACAUUGUAUGCCACCAAAAGGUACAUUGGUCGCAGAUAUGAUGAUCCUGAGAUCAAGAAAGAUGCACAAAGUGUGUCAUUCAAAAUAGUCAAAGCCUCAAAUGGGGAUGCAUGGUUUGAAGCCAAUGGCCAGAUGUAUUCACCAAGUCAGGUUGGAGCUUUUGUACUCAUGAAAAUGAAAGAGACAGCUGACAGUUACUUAGGUACAACAGUCAAGAAUGCUGUGGUCACUGUGCCAGCCUAUUUCAAUGACUCUCAAAGACAGGCCACAAAAGAUGCUGGCCAGAUAGCUGGACUGAAUGUUCUGAGGGUGAUUAAUGAACCCACAGCAGCUGCAUUGGCUUAUGGCAUGGACAAAUCUGAAGACAAAAUAAUUGCAGUGUAUGACCUUGGUGGUGGUACCUUUGAUAUCUCCAUCUUAGAAAUACAGAAAGGAGUUUUUGAGGUUAAAGCCACAAAUGGUGACACAUAUCUUGGCGGAGAAGACUUUGACAACAAACUGCUUCAGCAUUUUAUUACAGAAUUCAAAAGAGAGAGUGGAGUUGACUUGUCCAAGGAUAACAUGGCUUUACAGAGACUAAGAGAAGCAGCAGAGAAAGCUAAAAUUGAACUGUCAUCAUCAGUCCAAGUACGUACUUUUACAGUGAAUAAUGCAUCACACAGCAAUUUGUUCAAAAUAUUGUAUGAAGUCAAGCAGAAAUUAGCACUCGCAGCAAGCAAUGAAGAUAAAUUAAGUUUUGCUGAUGUGUUUUGUUACCAGGUUCAAUCUACUGUUCAAGAAAUUUUUGGUCGUCCCCCUAGCAAAGCUGUGAAUCCAGAUGAAGCUGUAGCUGUAGGUGCAGCCAUCCAAGGAGGUGUGUUGUCUGGUGAUGUAAAGGAUGUGCUCUUGUUAGAUGUGACACCACUGUCAUUGGGAAUUGAAACUCUUGGUGGAGUCUUCACGAAGCUGAUACCCAGAAAUACAACGAUUCCAACAAAGAAAAGUCAGGUGUUUUCCACGGCAGCUGAUGGCCAAACUCAGGUGGAAAUCAAAGUACACCAAGGAGAGCGUGAAAUGGCUGCUGAUAAUAAGCUACUGGGGCAGUUCCAACUGGUUGGAAUUCCUCCUGCCCCUCGUGGUGUACCACAGGUGGAAGUGACUUUUGACAUUGAUGCCAAUGGUAUUGUGAAUGUAUCUGCCAGAGACAAAGGAACAGGCAGAGAACAACAAAUUGUCAUCCAGUCAUCUGGAGGACUGAGCAAAGAUGAAAUUGAAAACAUGGUGAGAGAGGCAGAGAAACAUGCUGAUGCUGACAGACAACGGAAGGAUCUAACAGAGGCAGUGAACCAGGCUGAAGGAAUCAUCCAUGAUACAGAAACGAAAAUGGAAGAAUUCAAAGAUCAGCUGCCAAGUGAUGAGACUGAUAAGCUGAAAGAAGAGAUAAACAAAGUGCGUGAAGUGCUGGCGAGAAAAGACAGUGAAACAGCGGAGUCCAUUCGACAAGCCUACAGUGAAUUGCAACAGAAGUCACUCAAACUGUUUGAAAUGGCAUACAAGAAGAUGGCCUCCGAGAGGGAAGGUGGAGCCUCGUCUUCAGGUAGCGAACAAACCGCAGGCACUGGUGAAGAGGAGGAGAAGAAGAAAGAAGAAAACUAAAUUAUUCGAAUUAGUUCAAUCCACGAUCUCUGCCUUCCAAGAAUUGCUACUAAAACAUAAUUGAUAAUCCCAUUGGAUUCUUGAGUGGCUAGAGAUCAUGGGCCACUUGAAAUAGGACAUCAUACCAAGAAGGGACUUGUUUCAAGCGAAGAUUUUGUGUCAGGAAUAUUGAUAACAUGAUGACAUUUGGCGAUCAUCUUGCUUUUAAUACAUUUGCGUGUUCAUUUUAAAAAUGGGGUGUUGUGGCAAUGUUGCUCGUUGUAUUCACACGCACUCUGCUUAGUAGAUGGCGAAGUUACUGAACGUAAGAGUACCAGGUUUUGUACGUAAGUGUUUGUUGCAUUCAUUCAGUGAAUCAUUUAUAAUUUGUAAGAGUCCAGAAAGGGUGAUUUAAGAUCAUCUUUUCUUGUCAGAACUUAAAUGCUGUACUGUUGUGUUGGUGUUCAUGUACCUAAGUAGAAGACCUUCUCUUAGACAACUUGUGCGAUGGAAAACUGGAGGUUCCCCCUGUAAAGUUCCACUCGCACGGAUCUCGCGCGGAUCAAAAAGUGUCACGCAGGCCGAUGAAUAGCGUGAAAGCUCAGCGCGCGCAAGCGAAUCUCGAUUCUUCGAGGGGCUCCUGCAAGAAUGCGCGUCAAUUAAUUCGAGCAUAUUCCAUCCUAUUGUACUUUGCCGGUUUGUUUUGCAUCUCUCCUAAAAGCCGAUAUCAAGGGGAAUUUAUUGUUCAUAGCUCCUCUGCUUUUGUUAAAAAUGGUGUGCAAAGAGAUGGAAAGCCCAUUAUCAUAUCACGCUCGGUGAAUAAAGAAAUACUUGAAUAAACGCGAA